UGAAGAGGGCGAGGGGCGGGACGAGGCGCUGAGGCGAUGGCGGGUGGCGGGAGCACCCGGGCUGGGCCCGAGGGCCGACGGGGACCGGCGGGACGGGGGCUGGCUGUGUCCCCUCUGGCUGCGUCCCCUCCGCCUGCGUCCUCCCCAGCCGCGCUGGUGCGGGCCCGGGGCUUGCAGGACCUGAGUGGCGAUGGAGGGGUGCGCAAGAUGGAGCUGCGGCCCGGGCGCGGGCAGCCCGUGCCCCCGGGCGCCUCCGUGGCAGUGAAGUACUCUGGGUACCUGGAAAGCUGGGACGAGCCCUUCUGCACCAACGGCUACAGCAAGAGUCCUGGGCUGAUGAAACUUGGAAAAGACAUUACACUGUCAGGGCUGGAGAUUGGGCUGCUGACGAUGAAGACGGGAGAGGCAGCGAGAUUUGUCUUCACGCCGCGUUAUGCCUACGGGCGGCAGGGCUGUCCCCCCCUCAUCCCCCCGAACGCCACGGUCGUCUUCGAAGUGGAGCUGCUGGACUUCCUGGACUCGGCUGAAUCUGACACAUUCUUUGAGUUGACUCCUGAGCAGCAGGAUACAUUUCCACUACAAAAGCUGUUGAAAGUGGCAGACACAGAGAGAAAGUUUGGCAACUACCUCUACCAUAAGCAAUGCUUUGAGGACGCCAAAGACAGAUACAAAAGGGUGUUCUCCAUCCUCGGUCGCAGCCCGGGCAGUGAGGCCGAGCGGUGUCAGAUCGAUGCCUCCAAGUUGCUGGUGCUGCUGAAUCUCUCACUUAUUUACUUGAAACUGGAACGUCCUGCGCGAGCUCUGGCAUAUGGGGAGAAGGCCUUGGAGAUUGACCACAGGAAUGCCAAAGCACUGUUCAGGUGUGGCCAGGCUUGUCUCUGCAUGACAGAAUACGAGAAAGCCCGGGAUUUCCUGGCCAGAGCUCAACGUGUACAGCCGUUUAACCACGACAUUAACAAUGAGCUGAAAAAGUUGGAAAGCUGCUACAAUGACUACAUGGAAAAGGAGAAAGAAAUGUGCUGCCGAAUGUUUGCCUCCCUCAGGUCUUCUUCUGGCUGACCAGAAAUAGAGGAGCGCUGCAGUAACAACUGACAUUUUACGUUAAAAUGGAAUAAAAUGUCCAGGUGGUCCCUGCAGGAACACUGACUGCGGUGUUUUGUUGUCCAGGACCUCCCGGCGGAUGAGGAGACCCGGCACACGGGGAUCUCUGCGUCGCAGCUGUGCUCCGGGAGCAGAGGUGGGAGCACCGGCGUGUUUUGGAGUGUGACCUGGAGGUUCUGCGUUCACACACAACCUGUUUUUCCUGCGAUUGGUUUGGCUUGCUGUGUUGUGAGGCUGUUUCCAGAAGAACCGAGCCGUGCUGUGUGCAGAAGGGGCAGUGCCGUCUCUUCUCCCUCGCACGUUCCUCUUCCCUGACACCCUGCAGGCGCUGGGCUGCUUUAGGGAACCUGUAAAUGGCAGCAGGAUGCUGUGGAGUUUUGUGCUGUUUGUACAGGUUGUUCUUUAAAACGAUUAUGUUUGAUAUUGUUUUUGUUCUGAGAAAAUAAACCAAAGUGAGAACUCA